AUGAGCAAGUCGAAAAAGAGCUCAGAAAAGCAACCAGUCACGGCCUGCCUUUUUGGCGCGGCCUUCUUCGGGGCCCUGGGUUCAUCGUUCCUCUAUGGCUACAACCUCUCUGUGGUCAAUGCGCCUGCUGUGUAUAUCAAAGCCUUCUACAAUAAGACUUGGAUUGAGAGAUAUGGGGAGCCUAUUUCAGCAGAGACAGUCACCCUUCUCUGGUCCAUCACAGUGUCCAUAUUUGCCAUUGGAGGCCUACUUGGAGCUCUGUCCGUCUCUGUAAUCAUCAAAGUACUAGGAAGAAAGGGAACCUUGCUGCUGAAUAAUGGCUUUGCUGUGAUAGCCGCUCUGCUGCUGUCCUUGGGCGAGAUGUCCAGAUCUUUUGAGAUGCUCAUCAUUGGUCGGAUAAUUAUUGGAGUGAACUCUGGUAUAGCUCUCAGUGCCCUCCCCAUGUACCUGGGAGAGAUUUCCCCAAGACAUAUUAGAGGUUCUAUUGGCCAGUUCAACUCCAUCCUGAUCUGCUUAGGAGUGUUCACAGGACAAGUGCUGGGGCUGCCGGAGCUAUUGGGUCAGGAGUCCAGGUGGAACUACUUGUUUUCCUUCUUGGCAUUUCCAGCGCUAAUGCAGCUUUGUGUGCUGCCCUUCCUCCCAGAGAGCCCUCGCUACCUACUGAUGGAGAGGAAGGACGAGGCGGGAGCAGAAAAAGCUUUUCAGAGGUUUUUAGGGAAGAAGGAUGUGUCACAGGAGCUGGAAGAGGUUCAUGCGGAGGCCCGGGCUCAGGAUAACCUCAACACGGUGUCUGUGUGGCAGCUGCUGAGGAGCCCGGCUGUUCGCUGGCAGCUCAUCACCAUCAUCAUCACCAUGGCCUGCUACCAGCUCUGUGGCCUCAACGCCAUCUGGUACUACACUAAUGGGAUCCUUCGGGAAGCAGGCUUUGUUGAGAACACGAUUCCCUACAUCACACUGAGCACCGGCGCUAUAGAGACACUGGCUGCCAUUAUCUCAGGCCUGGUAAUAGAGCGCAUAGGCAGGAGGCCCCUUCUCAUAUUUGGCUUCUCUUCCAUGGCCGUGUUCUUCAGCCUGCUCACAGUUUUCCUGAAUUUCCAGGAUCAUGUGUCGUGGAUGCCAUACCUCAGUUACAUCUGUAUACUGGCUGUGAUUGCUGCCUUUUGUUCUGGACCAGGUGGCAUCCCAUUUGUGCUGACCGGUGAACUGUUUGAGCAGUCUUACCGACCGGCUGCUUUCAUGGUUGCUGGCACCGUCAACUGGUUGUCAAACUUUGCUGUGGGCCUCCUCUUCCCAUUUAUUCAAGAGAAGCUGCAGACCUUUGCCUUCCUGGUGUUUGUGGUUGUCUGCGUGUUGGGAUCUAUUUACCUCUGCGCUGUCCUCCCUGAAACGAAAAAUAAAUCAUUCAUGGACAUCAGCCAGAGCUUUGCCAAGAUCAACAAAGUGCCUGCUCCUUCCCCAUGCCAUGAAAUGGAGCUGGUUCUGGCUAUAACACCUGAAAAGCAUCAAAAAGCCCAAGAAAUCACAAAGAUGGAAAGCUCGUUCUAG